AUAUACUUCUAUCAUUCUUUGAUACCCACAAGCUCUGAAAUAAUUACUUUUUUGUAAAGCUAUAUUUACAAACACCUUUUACGACAUAGCUUUGUGGUGCGACCAUACUGUCCAUAGAUGUUUUGUAAAACUGUAUUCGAUUGGUCCGUUUCGUAAUCGGUGAAUAUUUUCACGGACGCUCGUGUUGCAGCAAAUAUAAAUUUACCAUAACUAUUUCAGAUUUUACAAACAUAGAAUUACACUUUCCUGAUGAUGAGAUGAUCAUGUAUCGAUAAAAGCAUUCCAUAUGCCACAAAAAAGUCUUCUUCAGCAAUGUGAGGUCCUCGGUAGUUUGUCCAAUCAGCUGAAAGUAUACAUUUAUCCUUCGGCAUGGACAGUCUGCUUCAGGAAAAUAAGUCUGCAAGAUUCGUUUUAUGAUGGAAAUGAAAAUGCCCCAUUCUACAGCAAAAUGCGGCGACCACGUCUAUCAGAGCUCAUAUGUACAAAGGAAAACGGCUUCCGACGGACUUGCAACUGUGUCGGUUGGUUUGCAUCCUCAGAUCUAGACUAAAAAUCAGUAUAAAUCUGAUUUUUCUGAUCGGUGUAUAAUCUUGCAGCCUCUCUGGAGAGAAGCCAUAGGUAUCAUUGGAAUAACCUUUUCACAAAACACCAGGUGUUGUCUACGUCACCUUCCCGAAUUAUUAGCUGAUUUGUCUGUUUAGUUGUGAUUGAGGAGUGUCACUUUGAUUGUGAUGUCAUUUUUGCGUGAGAGCAGUAUGGAGGUGGACCCCCCAGCCAGUCAGCCAGGGGCACCGGGGACUUUAAAACGUUCCAACAGCGCUCCAAUGAUCAACGUAUUGGUAUCGUCGAUAGAACCUCACGUUCAACAGGAGUUUAGUCCGCCUUCCUUCAGGUCUGAAGAUUCGACGAGGAUAAGGAGAUUCAGUUACAGCUCGAUGUGCCUUAACAGCCCUAGUGCUGUCUCCGCUCCUGUGAAGGUCCCUGACCGUGUGAAUCGUCUCAAGCUGGAGGAGAGUCACAUUGGGGAAAAGGAGAGGCAACAUGAAAAGGAAGUCAGCUCGGCCAUCAAAUUAUCAACAUCUUGGGAUGAACUCACUUUGGAUGACCAAGAGCCUAUGGAGCAGUUAAAGCGACCUCGGUCCUUCAGCGAGUCCCUUCACAUCUUCACGUCUCCCAGUGUACUGAUGGCAGGGGCCCCUUCGCCUACACGAGUGGGAAAGCAAUGCUUCUCCCCAUCCAUGCAGAUUCCUGUUAAGAAUAUUUCAUUUACACCAAGCCCUAGCCCUAGUCCGACUCGCAAGACAUUUAUGAGGAGUAUGAGUCCGAUUGUUGUGAAUCGUCCUAGUCCUGUGGGUAAAAGGAAAUUGGAUACAGACCCAGAGAACUACCUGAGUCCGCCCAAGAGAUUCCACUCUGGACCUAGCACACCAGACAGGAUUCUACACCAUCCACUCGCUCACAGUAGUAUUUCGUCAAGCAGUCUAGAGGAGGGAAGUCCUGAUCAGACAGUGCCCCGCUGUGAAGGGAUGAAUGAGGUACCAGCACAGGCAAGGCUGCCACCACACAUGUAUGGCUUCAUGCCGCUCCACGACUCGCAUGAAAUGCAGACCACAGACUCGGAAACAUCGGACAUUGCUGAAUCAGCAGAUUUGUCAGACCACAAUCUAUCGUUAUCAGGAAGCCCCGGGAGCAGUCGAGGUUUCCAGCCAAUCAGACAGCAGCACACGUCCUUAUGACCCUGGUGCUCAUCGGAAACUUUUUAGACGAUAGACCUCUUGCCUUUUCUUUCAGGCACUUCUAACAGAAUUAAUUAGUUCUUAUUUCUGAAAAGAGAGCUAACUAUUAACUGUAGUAUUAGCAUGUGUUGGAAGAUUGUUCAGAAGAUUUGGCAAAUGUUAAAUUUUGUCUGUGAUAAAGAUUCGUUGAACCGGAGCUGUGACUGCAAAGGGAGAUAACUGUGUAAAUCAUGCGACACAGAGAUGAUUGGAGACGAUUUUGUUAUGUCUCCACUCAUUCAAGGGGAGGCAAUAUUCUGUAAAUAUAUCUUGUUAUUAAUUUUUGUGGUGCUGAUCAUUAUUAUUCUAAUAAUGUCGAUGAUAUCUAGAUAUUGUUUGUUUCUGACCCCAUUUGGGUACUGAUGUAUAUCUGGGCCUGUACUAAGUCACAUUGUCAUAUAAAACGUAGCUUCACCUGUUCAGUGUAAUAUUUACAGCACAUAUGUCAUAAGCUGGUGAUGGGUAAUACACACUUAAACAAUAACAUGAAUCGGUGAAGUAUAUACAUAGGGCAAGCUCGGUCACACCUGUUUUCAUCUCCUUCUGACUAACAUAGACUUUUCAUUUUCAGAUAUAACUUUUUUCUACGCCAGAUUUUUGUGCAUUUGUUAUACAUUUAAAGAUAUUGGAGUCAAGACUGAUAGGUAUUGAAAGAAUUUUAACCCCCAAAAAAGUUACAUUGUGUAAGUUUUAAUUUAAAAAAAUCUUUAAUACAUGUUUAUAUGUAAUGUACAAAUCAUUAAAGAAAGAAACAUGUCGUACAGCAUACAGAAAUUCAAUCGAAGAAUCAAAUCUUGUUAAUUGGCUUUUAUUUGUGAAAAUCAAGUUAAAUUUGUUUUUUAAUAUGGAGUAGUUCCUUUCAUUUCAUGUAAAUCUGCUUACGAUAAAAGUGGAAGAUUUACUACAAUUCAUAGACUCCGUAAAUGUUUAAUAUCGGUAUUGAAAGGAAAAACAUUAAUCCAUUUUAAGACCAAAUGUGUUCAUCACAUAUUGGCUAGGAAAUUGAAGACAUAUUUUUCCAUUGGACUUUUAGACAUUAAAAUUACUGUAUUCCGGGAAAUUUUGCCUUUUUCGCGGUCUGUAAUGAGAGCAAAUUUAGUAUUCCAGGAAACAUAAGUAAACAUAAAUAAACAACAUAAUAUACAUCGAAAUUAAAGAAGAAUGAUCAAUUCAACAUUGGGCGAAAAUGGAAUUUACCGUCAAUGGGCAAAACAAUAUUCCAGUAUACCGUAUAUAUAUUAUUAUUAUACCUUUCUUCUUUUUUACACGAUAUAAAAGUAGAAAAAAGAAAUGCUAUCCAAAAUAACCCCUUUCAAGAAACUAUUUACCAGGUAAAUAGUCAGUAGAGCUAUUUAACCUGCUUUCAAAUUUUCGCGGAAUUUUUGGCUUCGUUCAUUCUGAUUUGUUGUUGGUAUAAUAAAAUAUUUAUUUUAUGGGUAUUUUGGGGAAUAGCACUUUUAUUGUCCCCCGAGACAUGAACUAUUUCCCUCGGCUUCACCUCGGGAAAUAGUUAAUGUCUCGGGGAACAAUAAAAGUGCUAUUUCCCUCACACCGAAACAAUAACUGUAUAAUAUCUGAGAUGAUAUUUGACUAUCACCUUGUUAUGUUUGUUUGUCCCGAUCAAUAGUACGUACAUAUCAGUUGGUAGUGUGCUGCAGUGAUUUCUCCGCAAGUCCUAACUACCUCUACACUAGAAGUGAGUGUAUAUAUAUAACAUCAUCUUCAAAAUCCAAGGAUUCUGCUCUCUGUAUACUGUAAUCGGGAAAGUUUCCCCGUUUUUGCCCUCUGAAUUGGGGCGAAUUUAUCAUUACAGCAAAUUGUAGUCAAAAACAUCAUUUACAUAGUAAUUAAAAGUGAAAGGCGAAACUAACACUGGGUGAAUUUUGAUUUCACAGGGUAAGGGCGAAAGUUUGACUGGGCCAAAAUUUCAUUGUAUAUAUACUGUUAAAAUCUUCUCUUCACCCUUUGAAUAUGGCGUGACAAGAUUGAAGGCUCUUUACGCAACACCUUACGGAUAAUUCAAAUAGACUUGUCUCAUAUCUGUUAAAAUGAUGAAAGGGAAUUUCGCGGCAGCAAAUUCAGCAAAGGACAGGUAUCAGCCUGCCAUUUGAACAGGUUUUUAGACCUGAAUCAAAUCAAGUAGAUUACCUGAGCCUUCAUUUUUGUCGUGACAUAUAUGAGAAGGCAGAGAAGGUGUGUAUAAUAUCAAGAGGAGAACCCAUGGAUUUCCGUGGUGAUAGACCCAAUGUGCAAUAACGAUUUACACCAUUAUCAUUACUUCUCACCUUGUUAUGAACUUAGUGUAGUCUGGCAUACAUCAACUGCACAGUAGUUUUAACUUCAUGAUAAAAAACCAAAGUUGAAUUGCUCAUUUUUGUCUCGCCACCAGGAAGUAGUGGAAGUGGUGUUCCUUUUCCGGUGGCGGCAUCAACAUUAAGUUUUUGCGUUUAACUUAGUUUCAAUGAAAGUAUAAGUGCUAGACCAACCAAACUUGGACCAUAGAUGCAUCUUAUGUAGUAUAUCUCAACCAAUGCAUCAAAUGCUGGAUGCGGCCUACCUUUCAUGGUCCAUUGACUUUGUCAGCAUCUCCAUCAACAUUAAG